UCCGGCCUCGAGGAGCCGCUGGGACUCAGACGUCCGGUCCUAGCCUGUCCCGGCCGGGCGGAGGCGACCAGCUGACCCGGGACCUGGCAGGGCGCUGGAGUCGGGUCUUUGAGGCAUGAGUAGGAGUUCGCCAGACGUUUCCCGCUCAUGCAGGUGAAACGUCCAGUAGGGGCUGCUGACCACAGCGGUGGGCCUUUGUGAGCCUGUUUUCCUGGCAGAGGGGACAGCCUGAGCAGGCACUGGCUGGAGGCUGCCAUGGAGCAGUGCGCAUGUGUGGAGCGAGAGCUGGACAGAGUCCUGCAGAAGUUCCUGACCUACGGGCAGCACUGCGAGCAGAGCCUGGAGGAGCUGCUGCACCACGUGGCCCGGCUGCGAGCCGAGCUGGCCAGCGCAGCCCUCCAGGGAGCCCCUCUCUCGGCCACCCUCUCCCUGGUGAUGUCCCAGUGCUGCCGGAAGAUCAGAGACACUGUGCAGAAACUGGCUUCAGACCACAAGGACAUUCAUAGCAGCGUGUCCCGCGUGGGCAAAGCCAUCGACAGGAACUUCGACUCCGAGAUCUGCGGGGUGGUGUCCGACGCGGUGUGGGACUCGCGGGAGAAGCAGCAGCAGAGCCUGCAGAUGGCCAUUGUGGAGCACCUGUACCAGCAGGGCAUGCUCGGGGUGGCUGAGGAGCUGUGCCGGGAAUCCACGCUGGAUGUGGACUUGGAUUUCAAGCAGCCUUUCCUUGAGUUGAAUCGAAUCUUGGAAGCUCUGCAUGAACAUGACCUGGGACCUGCGCUGGAGUGGGCUGUUGCCCACAGGCAGCGCCUGCUGGAGCUCAACAGUUCCCUGGAGUUCAAGCUGCACCGACUGCACUUCAUCCGCCUCCUGGCAGGUGGCCCCGAGAAGCAGCUGGAGGCCCUCAGCUACGCUCGGCACUUCCAGCCCUUUGCUCGACUGCACCAGCGGGACAUCCAGGUGAUGAUGGGCAGCUUGGUGUACCUGCGGCUGGGCCUGGAGAAGUCGCCCUACUGCCACCUCCUGGACAGCAGCCACUGGGCAGAGAUCUGUGAGACCUUCACGCGGGAUGCCUGUUCCCUGCUGGGGCUCUCUGUGGAGUCCCCUCUCAGCGUCAGCUUUGCGUCCGGCUGCGUGGCCCUGCCGGUGCUGAUGAACAUCAAGGCUGUGAUUGAGCAGAGGCAGUGCGCCGGCGUCUGGAGUCACAAGGACGAGCUCCCGAUUGAGAUUGAGCUGGGCAUGAAGUGCUGGUACCACUCGGUGUUCGCUUGCCCCAUCCUCCGCCAGCAGACGUCGGAUUCCAACCCUCCCAUCAAGCUCACCUGCGGCCACGUCAUCUCCCGCGAUGCGCUCAACAAGCUCAUAAACGGAGGGAUAAGUCCCCAGGCCCGCCCGCCCAUGGAGCAGAACCCAGCAGAUGGGAAACGCAUCAUAUUUUGACUCCUACCAGGAAUUCUGUGGAAGGGGGUUUUUACCCGAGCCGUGGCCUGCCUUGGCACGGUCAUUGGCUUCAGUGGACUGGGUCCAUCGCCGAGCGCCUGGAGAGGAGUGCUACCACGGGCCAAGGCCUUGGCUGGGGGGAAUGGACCAACCACACCUGGCCGCUGGCUCCUUGACUGGUUGAGAGCUGCGGCCCCUGUACUCCACUCAGCAGCAGGAUCCCUGCACCCCUGCCCUCAGUUCUCUCCCGAGCACGCAGCACCUGUGCCCACUGCUGCCCUCCCAGCCCAAAGUGGCCAGCCGUGCCCCCCUCCCCACCAUAUAGCCUCAACUGUAGGCCCUGUUUCCCACUGUGAAUGGUCCAGGUGACCUAACACCGAUGUUUUGUAACUCUGAGCAAAUACACCCACAGCCCUUGCUCUGGCCAGCUUUGAGCAGUACUGACAAGGAACUGCCGCUGCCCACCAGCAGUGGGUGUGGCCAGCUGGCGCCCAGGCAGGAAGAGCAUGGCUGGCAUCUCUGCCCUGGGCACCGUCUUCCUUCCGUAUUAGACACAACUGUAUGGGACAAUGAAAACGAAAUGACUCGCACAGCACGGCUUACAGCUUGCAAACAAAAGCUUGGUCUUUGAGCCAGGUCUGACCCUCA